ACUUGUUUGAUCCUCCUAGUCCUAUCCCACACAGGUGCAUAGCAGAGCUCGGCGGCCAGAGUUCAAAGCCAUGGCGUCGCCGUUCUCCGCCCCUUCUUUGAUCAUGGAGGAGGAAGGUCGGUUCGAGGCGGAGGUGGCCGAGGUGGGGGCGUGGUGGAACACGGAGCGGUUCCGGCUGACCAAGCGCCCCUACACCGCCCGCGACGUCGUCCUCCUCCGCGGCACGCUCCGCCAGAGCUACGCCUCCGGCGAAAUGGCCAAGAAGCUCUGGCGCACGCUCAAGGCCCACCAGGCCGGCGGUACCGCCUCGCGCACGUUCGGCGCGCUCGACCCCGUGCAGGUGACGAUGAUGGCCAAGCAUCUGGACACCAUCUACGUGUCCGGGUGGCAGUGCUCGUCCACGCACACCUCCACGAACGAGCCGGGGCCGGACCUCGCGGACUACCCCUACGACACCGUGCCCAACAAGGUGGAGCACCUCUUCUUCGCCCAGCAGUACCACGACCGGAAGCAGCAGGAGGCGCGCAUGUCUCUGCCCCGCGCGGAGCGCGCCCACGCGCCUUUCGUGGACUUCCUCAAGCCCAUCAUCGCCGACGGCGACACUGGCUUCGGCGGCGCCACUGCCACUGUCAAGCUCUGCAAGCUCUUCGUCGAGCGCGGGGCAGCCGGGGUCCACCUGGAGGACCAGUCGUCGGUGACCAAGAAGUGCGGCCACAUGGCGGGGAAGGUGCUCGUCGCCGUCUCGGAGCACGUCAACCGCCUCGUCGCCGCUCGGCUGCAGUUCGACAUCAUGGGCGUCGAGACCGUCCUCGUUGCCCGCACCGACGCCGUCGCCGCGACGCUCAUCCAGACCAACAUCGACGCGCGCGACCACCAGUUCAUCCUUGGCGCAACGAACCCGCGACUCAAAAACCGGAGCCUCACGACCAUGCUCUCCGACGCCAUGUCGGCGGGCAAGAACGGGAGGGAGCUGCAGGCCAUCGAGGACGAGUGGACCGCCACGGCGCAGCUCAAAACCUUCUCAGAGUGCGUCAAGGACGCCAUCGCGAGCCUCAACGCCACCGACAUGGACAAGCAACGUAAGCUCCAGGAGUGGAGCAACGCCACCAGCUACGACAAGUGCGUGUCCCACGAGCAAGCGCGCGACAUCGCCGCGAGCCUGGGGGUCGGGUCCGUGUUCUGGGACUGGGAUCUGCCACGAACCAGGGAAGGGUUCUACCGCUUCCAGGGCUCCGUGGCGUCGGCCGUGGUCCGCGGGCGCGCCUUCGCGCCGCAUGCCGACGUGCUCUGGAUGGAGACGUCGAGCCCAAACAUCGCCGAGUGCACGGCCUUCGCCGAGGGCGUGAGGGCGACUUUCCCGGAGGCGAUGCUGGCGUACAACCUCUCGCCGUCCUUCAACUGGGACGCGUCAGGCAUGACGGACGCCGACAUGGCGGCGUUCAUCCCGCAUGUCGCCAAGCUCGGCUACGUAUGGCAGUUCAUCACGCUGGCCGGGUUCCACGCCGACGCGCUCGUCACCGACACGUUCGCGCGGGACUUCGCCCGGCGCGGCAUGCUGGCCUACGUGGAGAGGAUCCAGCGGGAGGAGAGGAGGAAUGGAGUGGAGACUCUGGAGCACCAGAAGUGGUCGGGUGCCAACUUCUAUGAUAGGGUGCUCAAGACCGUGCAGGGCGGCAUGUCCUCAACCGCAGCCAUGGGAAAAGGAGCUACUGAAGAGCAGUUCUGGACUAAGCCUGGAAGUGAGAGCAGUACUCAACAUGUUCUUGCCAAGUCCAGGAUGUGAUGAAGGUUGAGAAGGAAUAAUGAUUAAGAAGAAAGCUCCAAGAUAAUUGGAUAUAAUAAAAGUGCCAUCAGGUCACAUCAACUCUGGAAAUAGAUACUUUACGAAUCGAUCACUAUAAUUGGCAUGGAGGAUUUAACCAUUGCCUAGCUAUAUACUCCUAUGAAUUAUAGUCUCCAAUUCGGUAUGUAAAAUUGGGGUAAACUGUAUUGACGAUGUCAUUCAGCUUGUCAAUAAAAUGGACAAGUCCAAUUGCCGUUGAAA